AUGGCACAGCAUGUUCCAAGAUAUGCACCAUAUUCCACUCAGGAGAGCAUAUCCGACUGUGAUGUCCACUGAACAAUCUCGGUGACAUUCACCCCUCCUCUGUACGGGGCCUUACACACUCUUAUCGUCGUUGCUCGUAUGGUAGCCCUCUCGAGGCCAAUUGCAAGUAGAAGGCACGAUCCUAUCCAGCAGAUGACGAUGACGCCUACUCCUUCUUCUUCUACGUUCUCAGGAGUUUGGCACGAUCCAGCCCAGCAGAUGACGAGAACGCCUUCUUCUUCUACGUUCUCAGGAGUUCGUACCUAGAGGUAGUAAAGACCUUUUGGAUGGCUUCAAUCACACCUUAAACGAAGACCGUCGACUAGCCCUCCAUGUACCAAGUACGAACCCAAGCAAACUCCUCGUUUGCUCGAUGCCAGACCGUGAGCCCGACCCGACCUGACCCAGAGCGAUGUGAUGCUUCGAGCGGAAGGACAGGGUCUGCACAGAGUACUGUGGGAGGGUUUGCGGUUCCAUCGCACGGCCGUCGCCCAAGUCUUCGCCUUUCUUCUACAAGCAAUACGUACCGAACCGCCACCGGAGGCCUGGCAUGAUGAAGCUGAAAAGCUUGGUCUUUGGAAAGUCGAAUACGAUGACAUUCUUGCAAAAAUUCCACUCACAGACCGCAAGCGCAAUGGUCCCCUGACUGCUCCCUACCCGCCCCAGUGUUGGGAGGAUUUCAAUUGGUCUUCUCCUUGGGCCCUGUCGCCUAUUCCAAAUGUUUAUCGUACUGGUAGGAAUAUCUCCGCGGCAGAGAUUGUACAAAGGAGGCAAGACGAAACAACGAAACCUCAUAUAGGGAGCCAGCCAUUUUGCUCUCAACAGUGCCUGCUUGGCUUAGCACUCGGGAAAGACGUAGAUAGGAGUUGCCCUAACGCUGGAUGCCACGGACAGAAGCACAUUGACCGGCUUGAGUUUCUACACCUUAUAAGAGAGCAACUUGCUGUAGACCGCGGUCGCGACGCUGAUUGCAUGCCGUUGCACCGGUCUAGAUUUCGUGGCUCGCUCUUCAAGCUACGGCUAUCAUCACACGGCUAUACACUCGUCGCCAAGGGGAUGGAGGGUCUCGACCUAGCCCGUCUGCAACAUGAGAAAGAAAUCUAUGACCGCCUCCUCGCAAUCCAGGGCGAGUAUGUUCCUGUAUGUCUUGGUAGUAUCGACCUCAUUCUCCCAUAUUACUAUGACUGUGGCGUCUACAAGCAUUUCUUGUUUCUUGCCUGGGCUGGGCGGCCUAUCUUCGAAUAUAAAAACCAAAUCAACAGCCUCGACCUGCCGGAUGCAGUCACAAGGAUUUUCAAGGCGAUACACACAUUGAAGGUUCUCCAUCGCGAUGCGGAGCCGCGCAACAUACUAUAUGAUGAACAUGGCGGUACUCUCAUGGUUGUCGACUUCCAGCGUUCAGUAUAUUGGAAACAUCAAGCUCAAGCAUCUGUUAGCGGAAAAGAUCGCCAAGCCAGAAAGAAACAUAGGGAGCUGCAGAAGCAACACAAAUUAGACAUGGAUAGAGAAGCAGAAAUGGCGAAGCAAGGGAUAAUAAGCAGACCAACCCAUCAGUCACGGGAGAUAUCAGAGGCCAACUUUGCAGCUGAGCUUAAAUGGGUCGUGCAUGAGGUCUCGAACUACGUCUCAAACUUAAAGGCCUAAUAUCUGGUAUGCCAAACAAAGCGAAUGCCUGGAUGUAUGCAAGCUGCUAGAAUUACCAAACUACUAGAGAUAAUAGAGAUAAUAGAGUUACCAGGACGACUUUAUAGGUACAUGUAUAACACGACAGCCGUUGGGAAACCGCCCAGAGGGUUAUGGCCGGGGCCAGAGACGCACGGAGACGGAUCAUAGGCAGGAUAAUCGCCAUAAUGUCCCACUUGGAUGUCCGACCUUCGCCAAGUCCCCUCGUGGUGCGUCGCCGUUGG